CCUCCUAGUAGUUACUCCGUAGCAAUCCGGACUUUUCCCAGCUUUUUCUUUUCUUCCCCCGCCAUAGCAUCCAUCAUACCAAGGUCGCAACCUAUUCUCGAGUUACAAUUCCCCUCCACGAUGUCUUCAACCAACCGCCCCGUGAUCGUGAUUGUUCCCGGUGCCUUCGGCACCCCUCAAGGCUUCGAGAAGCUGUUCCCGGACCUGAGCCAAGCGGGAUAUACCACACACCCCGGGGCAUAUCCGAGCUGCAAUCCCUCUGAUCCGGCCACAGUGUCCGCUGCCCAGGAUAUCGCGUUCCUGCGCGACAACGUAUUACUCCCACUUCUGGACCAAGAGGGGAAAGAUAUCGUCAUCCUCGCGCAUUCCUACGGAGGUGUGGUUGGCGGUGGCGCAGCCAGAGGCCUCGCGAAGGGGACCCGAAGCGCGGAGGGGAAAUCUACCGGCGUCCUCGGCCUGAUCUACGUGGCAGGCAAUAUCACACUCGAAGGAGAAUCGCUCUUCAUCGCUGUAGGCGGCGCGUAUCCCCCUUUUAUCAAAGUUGACACGCCAUCGCAGGGCCUUGCGGUCAUCGAACCGGCGAUGGAGGUCCUGUACAAUGACUGCGACCGUGCUCUUGCGCCGGAAUUGGAUCCGAUGAUGCAGCCCCACGCACUCCGGGCGUUUGAGACUCCCGCCACGGCCCCCGCCUGGGCGGAGAGUGCGUUUGAUGGGAGGAGAGCGUAUGUGCGGACCUUGGACGACUGCUGUAACCCGGCCUCAUUGCAGGAUCUGUGGCUGGCGAAGUCGAAGGUCGAGUGGGAGGUGGUGGAUUUCAAGACGGGCCACAUGCCGUUUGUCAGUCAGCCGCAGGCUUUGGCGGAGCAGAUUAUCAAGUUUGUUGAGGGGUUCGUUGCGAAGUAG